CGUCACGGUAAACAUUGCGCGUCUCGACAACAUAAAAUACCAUCUUCGCAACGUCAAUUCCGUCAAUUCAGUAAGUAUCCAUAAUGGCGUCUCAAAUUCUCUCAAACGUGGCUGAAAAGGCGAAGAGCAUGACUGGCGAGAAAUCUCAAAAGGCCGCUGACCUCGCGGGGGUCACUAAGGAUGUUCACGAUCCCAGUUACAAAAUGACGACCGACAAUGGCGUAAAGCAAACCAACACCGAUGACUGGCUGAAGGUGGUGAGCGAUGACAAGACUGGUCCUGCGCUUUUGGAGGAUUCCUUUGGCCGCGAGAAGAUUCACCGAUUUGACCACGAGCGCAUCCCAGAGCGAGUAGUACAUUCACGAGGCUCCGGUGCCUUUGGUAAAUUCACUCUCUUCGAGUCGGCCGCCGACGUUACCUCUGCAGGCGUCCUUACCGACACCUCCCGCGAGACCCCAGUAUUCCUCCGAUUCUCUACUGUCCUUGGUAGCCGUGGCUCGGCGGAUACAGUUCGAGAUGUUCGAGGCUUUGCCAUCAAAUUCUACACCGAAGAAGGUAACUGGGACAUUGUUGGAAACAACAUCCCAGUCUUCUUCAUUCAAGAUGCCAUGAAGUUUCCAGAUGUCAUCCACGCCGGCAAGCCAGAACCGGACAACGAGAUCCCUCAAGCUCAGUCAGCUCAUAACAAUUUUUGGGACUUUAUUUUCAUGCAUUCGGAGGCCACGCACAUGUCCUUCUGGGCCAUGUCCGACCGUACCAUCCCGCGAUCGUACCGCAUGAUGCAAGGUUUCGGAGUCAAUACGUUCACGCUCAUCAACGACAAAGGUGAAAGGCACUUUGUCAAAUUCAUCUUCACUCCUGAGUUGGGUGUCCACAGCUUUGUCUGGGAUGAGGCGCUCAAGAUCGCUGGCCAGGACCCUGACUUCCAUCGUAAAGAUCUGUGGACGGCCAUUGAAAACGGCGCCUACCCGAAGUGGAAGUUCGGAAUCCAGGUCAUCCCUGAGGCUAAGGAGCACGACUUUGAAUUCGACAUCCUUGAUGCUACCAAGGUCUGGCCUGAGGAGCUGGUUCCUAUCCGAUACAUCGGUGAACUCGAGUUGAACAGGAACCCUGACGAGUUCUUCACCCAGACCGAGCAGGUUGCUUUCUGCACAAGCCACAUGGUUCCUGGUAUUGGACAGAGCAACGAUCCCCUUCUACAGGGACGUAACUUCUCCUACCAGGAUACACAACUUUCUCGUCUUGGUGUCAACUGGCAAGAACUCCCUAUCAACAAGCCUGUCUGCCCUGUCAUGAACUUCAACCGAGAUGGCGCUAUGCGACACACAAUCACCAAGGGCAAGGCCAACUACUGGCCCAACCGAUUUGAGGCUGUACCUCCCGCGAAGCCCGAGGAGGGUGGCUACGUCGACUUCCCAGAGAAGAUUGCCGGAAUCAAGGCCCGCCUGCAGACCAAGAAGUUCAGAGAGCACAAGAACCAUGCUGAGCUUUUCUACAACUCUAUGUCUGAGCCUGAAAAGUCGCAUAUGGCUGAUGCGUUUGCUUUUGAGCUAGACCAUUGUGAUGACCCCGUCGUCUACAAGCGCAUGGUCGAGCGUCUCUGCGAGAUCGAUCUUGAGCUUGCUCAGAAGGUUGCUGAUAUGGUCGGCGCUGACGUCCCCACUGAACAGACACGACCCAAGCAUAACCAGAAGGCCAAGGGUCUUUCUCAGCUCGAGUACAUGCCUUCUGUACCCACCAUCGCCACUCGCAUGGUUGCUAUUCUCAUCGCAGAUGGCUACGACAAGAUUGCAUACAACGGCAUCAAGGCUGCAUUGACAGCUGCUGGUGCCCUGCCAUUCACCAUCAGCCCACGGAGGAAUAAGAUCUACGCCGACGGCGAGGAGAAGGGCGGCUCCGGCGGAGUUGUUGCCGACCACCACCUUGAGGGUAUGCGCUCCACAAUGUUCGACAGUGUUUUCGUUCCCGGCGGUGCCAAGUCUGUUGAGACUCUCCGCAAGAACGGCCGCGCUGUUCACUGGGUCCGCGAAGCAUUCGGUCACUUGAAGGCUAUUGGUGCUACUGGUGAGGCCGUCGACUUCGUCAAGCAGGCUGUCGACCUUCCUGGCAUGGAGUUCUCGACCACCGGCGAUGUUGUGGAAUCAUAUGGCGUUGUCACUUCCUCGCAGGUCCAGCCCGAGAGCUUCUCGGAGGCUGUUAAGAUGGCGAAGGGUGCUACGGGCUUCUUGUCUGCCUACACAUUCGCCAUUUCGCAGCACAAGAACUUUGACCGUGAGUUGGCAGGGUUGAACAAGCUUGUUGCUUAUUAGUCGGUCGAUAUUUCUGCACCGCCGUUGUGGUGGAGAAUGUUAUGAUCACGUUGGGUUCUGCCUUGCAUGAAUCUUAUGUAGUUACGAUAAUGAUACCACUUUUCUAUUC